GAGAGAGGAAGGGAGGGAGAGGGAGCGAGCGAGAGCAGCAUGAGUGCAUAGAAGAAUCAGCAGAUAGAGAAGAGAAAGGAGGAGAAGAGAAGAGAGAAUGUGUGGUAAAAGGCUGGCGCUUCCUCGCUUGUAUCCAGGGCCUUUGUGAAUAAACCAUGGGAUGUAUCGGCUCUCGAACCCUCACAGCAGAUGGAGUUCCCGUGCAGAAGGAUGGGGAACAGCAUGGCCGAACAGACUUUUCAUGGGAUGGAAUCAAUUUGUCCAUGGAGGACACAACUUCAAUCCUUCCUCGACUGAAGAAAAGGAACUCCAACGCGUAUGGAAUCGGCGCUCUGGCUAAGUCUUCUCUGACAGGUGUGUCAGGAGUGUCUCGGUCUAUGAAGGACAAGGUGACGAAGCCAACAGCGAUGGCUCAGGGUCGUGUGGCUCACAUGAUCGAGUGGCAAAGCUGGGGGAUGCAGACGGUGGGUGGAGGGGGCACUGGAGCGGGACGCACCUCCUGCCUGAACCUCCAACGCGAACGCAAACUGGAGAACGACGCUUACAGCGACCUCAGCGAUGGAGAGAAAGAGGCCCGAUUUGCUGCAGGUGUGCUUCAGCAGUUUGCGAUCUCUGAAGCGACGCUGCUGGCCUGGACUUCUAUGGAUGGAGAGAGUAUGAGCGUCGGAUCCAACCAGGGGAGCGUAGCCCACCUAAGCGAGGCCAACCAGGAAAGCAUCACCAGCCGAGAUCAGAUAAUACAUCAUUCAUCUGCAGAGGUGUGGCCUCACAGUUACGUCUCGCAGGGUAUGUACUGCAUUUCCUCCUCUGAUGCUUGGGAGCCAAUCAGCAACGAGCAGUCGGGCGUGGCCUCUCCCGCCACUGGCUCAUACGGGAUGGGGGUGGGCAACGAGGGCGCAUACGAUCCGAAUACGGCGACUCACUUCCUGUCGCAGCAGCAACAGCAGCAGUAUCAGUUGCAGCAUAUCCAGCACCUGCACCAGAUCCAGCAAUACCAGCAGCAGCAGCUGCUGCAGUAUCAACAGCAGCAACAGAUGAUGGAGCAAAGACUACAGAGUGCCACCCAUUCUUUACAAGCUACACCCAACAGCACCAUUCACAGUCUGCCUCCCCUUACUCAUCCCCCAUUGGUGGAUUUGUGGGGACCGGGGCAGACCGAGACCUAUCAGGCGGAUAUGGUUGGGUAUGGGGGGAUGCCUGCAGCAGCAGAGGGAGCUGUAACAGAGGAAAUGACCACAGACCAGUCACCUUUACUGGAAGCACAGGAGGAGGAGGAGGAGAUCAAGGAUGAAGACGUAACGUUAUAUAUGGAACCAGAACCAGUGACAUUAACACCAUCUCCAGUGACGCAGAGAGAGGAAGUGACCUCAACAGGAGGAAGCAGUCCAUGUCAAACCCCCGGAGAACCAAUCACAGAGCGAAAGCCUUCUGAUGUCUCACCAUCUGUCGUUGAAGAGCUGGAAGAGAAGUCAAAAUCCUCACCUGUGGACGUCAUGGCAGCCAACUGAAUGGCAGGAGUGAAACUUGGGCUGACAUUUCAAUCGUUGGAUGGAAAUCAAGUUGCUGGUCGAACCCAAAUCGGAAAUGCGGAGAAGGUUAACGCACAGCUUACGCGAACACUGUUAUGUUUUGUAAGCCUUAUAUUACGGAUGUUUAAAAGUGAAAGGCGGAAAUUCUUGGAAGGAGGAAAUAAUAGAGGAUCAGUCAGGAAUGAUCGAGAUGGAAUAUGAAGUACAUUAAGUUUAAUGUGUGCAUGCUUUUACAAGGAGUGCUAUACUAAAAAUAAAGACAGUAAACUAUAGUAAUAAAACAUCAUAAUGAGAAAAAUAUGGUAAUUUUCUAAUAAAACACCAAAACAAAAUAUAUAACUGUAAAAUAGCCGAUACAAGCAUUUUUAGCCUAUACUCUUCAGACUUAUUCUGUGUCUGCAAUUUCAGUUCCCACAUAAACACAGCAAGAAACAAACAAAAUGUCAGAGUAGACGAGUUCAUCGGCGCAUACGUUUUGUCACGGUUACACCCCCGGCCCGAAGUUAACUUCCAGUCUGUGCUUGUUUAUCAGUCUGGCUAGUAAUGGUUGAUAUGAUUUAUACUAAGGUCAUUUAUUUUUCUUGAUAUCAGAAGUGAUCAUCUCACAUUGAUUGACUCUGUUGUUGUUGAUUUUUUGCGGAAGUCUCCCGAAAGUUAAGUUCGGACCACAAAAGCCUUUUGUUUAUGUUGUUGCUGCUGAAACCGUCUAUAGACUCUCUUUCAGUCUCUCCACCCAUAAUACAUUUCACUAUCUGCAAUGGCAGACGCUCUUUUAAGUCCAUACACGUAAUAACAAUGACCCAUACAGAAAAAAAUUAGUCUAUAACAUAAAUAAGGUAUUUAAAAUCCCACCUACUUGGACAACUAAAUACACACAGACACAUACACAACCAUAUACUUCUACAGUAUAUUUGUGACAACCACAAAUUAAAUGAAUUGUUAUAUAAUUAUGAAUACAAUUACUGACUUUCCAACUUACUUUUAAAUUUUCUAGAUUUAAAUUUAUGACAUUUAUUAUUCUAUUUAUUUUUUAUAGUUGGUUUAAGAGUUAUUUGUUUGGUUGUUGUUGUUAACCACACACACAUUGACACAUUUACUUCUGUACUGUACUGGAUUGUAACAAAGUGUGCUUCCUUGUGUGUCGUUUGGCAUGCAUGUGGUUUGUCGGUGUAAAACUCUGGAGUCCUAUACAACACUGUAUAGAUAUUUGCACUGGACCUCAGUACUCUGAGCAGAGCCUCAGACUGAUUCUGUGAUAUCUACAGUAUAUGUGUGUUGAGUGCGUACCUGUAAGGGGGUCAGAAUUGCACCAUUUAAAAAAAACGUAUUGCACUUGCAUUGGUUUGAUGGGUAAAGGUAGAUUCCUUUUGGAUGAAAAUCAUGGGAAGAAGAAAACACUCUUCUCCACAUUUUGUACACUGGUAGUAAUAAAGGUACAAAAGGGGACACUGGGAUGGUUCCCUUUAAAAAGCAAGUUGUAUUCAAAAUAAAAUAUAAGAUAAAAUGAAUUUAUGAACUCAUAUAUGACCACAAAACCAGCCAUGAGUCAUUUUUUUGUAAUACAAAUAAUCUUUGGAUGAGAUACAACUUUGAAAAUCUUGAUUCUGAGGGUGCAAAAAAUCUGAAUAUUGAGAAAUUCACCUUUAGUUGUCCAACACUGA